AUCGGCUUCGCUAAUUUUUUCUCUAAAUCCGUAAAAUCUUCUGUUUCGCAAUUCAAUCUCGAGAGUCGAAAAUGGAGGGAGUGGAUUACCAUGCCGACGAGCGGAGCAAGGCGGAGUUUGAUGUCGAGGCGAUGAAGAUCGUCUGGGCUGGUUCUCGCCACGUUCUUGAAGUCUCCGAUCGGAUUGCUCGUCUCGUUGCUAGUGAUCCGGUCUUUCGUAAGGAUAAUAGAGCUAUUCUAAGUAGGAAGGAGUUGUUUAAAAAUACUUUAAAAAAAGCAGCUCAUGCUUGGAAGCGGAUAAUUGAGCUCCGUCUUUCUGAAGAAGAGGCAUCUAAAUUAAGGAAUUCUGUGGAUGAGCCUGCUUAUACUGAUCUUCAUUGGGGAAUGUUUGUACCUGCUAUUAAAGGACAAGGCACAGAGGAGCAGCAACAGAAGUGGUUGCCUUUGGCAUAUAGAAUGCAAAUAAUUGGUUGCUAUGCACAAACUGAACUUGGUCACGGCUCCAAUGUUCAGGGACUUGAAACCACUGCAACAUUUGAUCCCCAGACUGAUGAAUUUGUCAUUCACAGUCCUACACUGACUUCGAGCAAGUGGUGGCCUGGUGGAUUGGGUAAAGUUUCUACACAUGCUGUUGUUUAUGCUCGUCUCAUAACAGAUGGUGAAGACCAUGGAAUACAUGGAUUCAUUGUCCAGCUACGGAGCUUGGAUGACCACUCUCCUCUUCCAGGCAUUACAGUUGGUGAUAUUGGGAUGAAAUUUGGAAGUGGAGCAUAUAACACCAUGGACAAUGGUGUUUUGAGAUUUGAUCAAGUGCGCAUCCCAAGAAAUCAAAUGUUGAUGCGGGUCUCACAGGUUACAAGAGAAGGAAAAUAUGUACAAUCUAAUGUUCCUCGGCAGCUGAUUUAUGGCACCAUGGUGUAUGUUCGACAAACAAUUGUUGCUGAUGCUUCUACUGCUUUAUCACGGGCAGUUUGCAUAGCUACUAGAUACAGUUGUGUCCGUAGACAAUUUGGUUCUCAGAAUGGUCUAGAGACCCAGGUGAUUGACUACAAAACUCAGCAAAGUAGGCUUUUUCCUUUGCUGGCUUCUGCCUAUGCUUUUAGAUUUGUUGGUGAAUGGCUGAAAUGGCUAUAUACGGAUGUAACUCAAAGAUUGCAAGCAAAUGAUUUCUCGACAUUGCCUGAGGCUCAUGCAUGUACUGCAGGGUUAAAGUCUAUUACUACUACUGCAACUGCUGAUGGUAUUGAAGAAUGUCGAAAAUUAUGUGGUGGCCAUGGUUACUUGCAUUGCAGUGGGCUUCCUGAGUUAUUUGCAGUUUACAUCCCUGCUUGUACUUAUGAGGGGGACAACAUUGUGCUACUUUUACAGGUUGCAAGGUUUCUUGUGAAGACUGUUUCUCAGCUUCCAUCUGGGAAGAAGCCUGUUGGAACAACAGCUUAUAUGGGGCGUGCAGAACACCUUCUGCAAUGUCGCUGUGAUGUUCAGAGGGCUGAAGAUUGGCUGAAGCCUAAUGUAAUAUUGGAGGCUUUUGAAGCAAGAGCAACUAGGAUGUCUGUUGCCUGUGCUAAAAACCUUAGCAAGUUUUCAAAUCCAGAGGAUGGUUUUGCAGAACUCUCAGCUGAUUUAGUUGAGGCUGCAGUUGCUCACUGUCAGUUAAUUGUUGUUUCCAAGUUUAUUGAGAAAUUGCAACAAGACAUACCAGGAAAAGGAGUGAAAAGACAAUUAGAGAUCCUCUGUGGUGUUUAUACUCUGCAUCUUAUACACAAACAUCUCGGAGAUUUCCUCUCCACUGGUUGCAUUACCCCGAAGCAAGGUUCACUGGCAAAUGAACAGCUCAGAUCUUUAUAUGCUCAGGUCCGUCCCAAUGCAAUCACACUUGUUGAUGCAUUCAAUUACACCGACCACUACCUGGGGUCAAUUCUUGGCUGCUAUGACGGAAAUGUAUACCCAAAACUCUACGAUGAAGCAUGGAAGGAUCCUUUGAAUGACACUGUAGUGCCCGAUGGUUACCAUGAGUAUAUCCGUCCAUUGCUAAAGCAACAGCUCCGUACUGCAAGGCUCUGAGGAGAAACAGCCUCCAACGCACUGGCUGCUUGUGUUGUGAACUACUAGUAAUAAUAAAGUUACCAAGACAGUUAACCGUCAGAGAGAGUGAAGUUUACUUCAGUUGUCUAAGACACAUGUAUGGCCAUAAAUUACAUUAAGCGGUAACUUUUUAUUUGACGAUUUAAAAUUCUGUUAAAAAUAGAUUUCAUGUGCACGUGUUCUUCGGUUCAAAAUAGUUUUAUUUGUUGUUACCUCUCUCUCUCUCUCUCUCUCUUUUAAUUUGAUAUUGCAGGGUCAUGUUUUUUUCAGUUCAUCGUCAAUUUUUUUUUUUUUUUUUUUUUGGUAUUCUCUAUUCAUGUUUUAGUACGUUUUGCUCUUUGCCUGUUUUGCCCUCUGGUAGCUGAGAACACUAUACCCAGAAAGACAGAUAUUCACUAUCAUCAUGCCAUCAGUAGCAACAGUGCAAUAAAGAUUCAACCACUGC